CCUGGUUCGCGCUGAAAUCGUGCUGAAGUCAUGCUGAAGCUCAACAGAAACCCCCCUGUAGAUCACUGCGGGGCGGAGGUGUCUUGCAGCAGCUGCUGCCGCCCGCUGGGCAGUUACGUAGUUGCUGAUUUUGCAGGGCAACCAACUUUCACCACUCCACCAAGCCUGGAAAUAUACUCCGUACGCUGCUUGACAAGAGACACUCUACACGCCAGCGACUCCGACUCCUCAAGAGUCUGCCACCGCAAUAAUGGCACAGAAACCCAUCAUCACCCAGGAAAAGCUCAAGGAGAAGCUUCAAGUCACCAAUUUCGAGCCGAAUGCCAUCAUCCGCGGGGCACAAUUGACCGUCGUUGGAGGUAAGUUUGUCACUUUGAUGAAAUUCCAUCUCAUUUCCCCUUUGAAGGACAUUUGACUGAGAAAUUCUGCAGCAUACCGAGCACUCCAGAACCCAGCUCUAUUCACCUCGGAUCAUUAUCGACAAGCCGCCUUAGCCGUAGCUAUUGGCAUAGCUAUCCGCAUUGCCAUUUCCAUCCCUGUGAGGAGAAUACAUGAUUUAAAAAGGAGACAUUGGUCUGACUGGGUUGCAGGUUGUUGCUAUCAAGAUCUUGCUUUGGUUCUCGUCUUUUCUGAUAGACUUUGAACGUGCCACAUGGGACAACACAAUUAUAAAUGGUCUCGACUUUGUUCAGAAUUAUGUACUUCAAGUACCGCUGUUCUUAAUGACCUUGAUGAGAUAUGUCACUCCAACUCUAGAUAACAUGUAAGUUUCUUGGCCCGUUUUCAUCUUCAAUGCUGACUUUUCAGGUUUAUGGACUCGUAA